AUGGCCAGCACGCUCGCGUUGUUCUGGUGGCUGUCUGCCGCCGACCGCGAUGCACGCCUCCAAGGCUCAGAUGCCUUGGUAGAGGCUCUUGUGGAUCAAAGCACAGAAGGUGUACUAAAUGCACCGCCUGGAGAGCCUGAGCCUCUCAGCGACGUUGUGACAGAGGAAGAUGCACGCAUAUCCGAGCAGCGCCUGGACGAGUUGACGACCGCCGAUGUAAAUUAUUCAGUGCGGCGCCUUAUUCGUGGACUAGCCAGUCCACGAGAGAAUGCUCGUAUUGGUUUUGCGGUCGUGCUGAGUGAGCUCCUUAGUCACCUGCCUUCGGUGUGCGCUCACGAUAUUUUGGUGCUGUUGCUCAAGCACACCGUAGCGCGGGGCAACCUGAGUGGUCAGGAACUACGUGACCUGCAGUUUUCUCGCUUGUUCGGCGUCUUUGCUCUCGUUCGUUCAGGCCUCCUCUAUGCCCCAACAUCGUCGCUGGCUACAUUCCAACGCGCCUUUCAUGUUCUUUCCAAAGUGGCGUACUACAAGUCCUGGAUCAGUGAAUCAUGUGGCUGGAUUGUGAUGCAGAUGCUGCUACCCCUAGCUCGGGACAAUGUGUCAAGACCCCCUUGGGCAAAUGAGGCGCUCGACUGGGUGGCAGGCUGCUUGGCGGCAACGCAUUCCCUGUCACCUGAGACACUGGCUUUGGCGCUGACGCUCGCACGCAUUGCUCCCGAGCUCAAUAUCGGUUCCCGCAUGUCACCACCUCUAAAGCAUCCCUGCAUCCUUGCCAUGCCCAACCUGGCUCUCCUUGCGACUGUGUUGCGCGAGGGUGCAACGAUGCAUCUUCAGCCAGAUAUGCCCCAACCUAAACCCGGUACUUGGUCGGCCAAGUUGCCUUUCGUUUGGGAUAUGAUCCUAGAAACGUACUUUGAACACGGAGCACCGGCAGACGCUGCUCCCUUUGCCGACUUUUUCCGCGUGGUGGUCGACGAAACCUUGUUCUCAACACAAGCAUCGCCGGAGCGCAAGUCUUGGGGCUUCCAGGUCCUGCAUCGCGCUUUGCAACGUGCCCCUGCCGAAACACUACCAUUCCUAUUUACUCCGAACCUCAUCCGCACCUGGGUAAAUCAACUUUCUGUGACAGAUCGACUGCUUCACAGCAUGGCCCAGAAAACUGUCACAUACGUUGGAGAAGCGGUGAAGCGUAGUCCUACCGCUGGCAUGGCACUAGUUACGCAACUGAUGGGUGAACAUGGCCGUCCUGACUUUGACCGCGUCACUCAUACCAAGACUAUCGAAUCUAUCUUGUCUUCGCUCGAUGAAGCAGGUAUUCAAAAGUACCUGGCCUACCUGCGCAAUGUUGCGUACGAGACUGCCGAUGUUGAUGACAAGAAGCAUGUCGCAUCUCAGCGCCAGUGGGCAUGUGACCAGAUGCUGGGUCUUGUCCGCAGCAACGUUGUUGCCAAAUCUGAUCAAUGGAUUCGGGAUGUACUUGUGUUUUUCGCGGGUCAUGGCUGCUUUGCGCUUGUCAAGUCGCCACCAGCCCCUUGGAGCAACGUGCUGCAGGUACCUGCUGUGCCCUUCGAUGACAGUGUACAGGAGUUAUGUCGCCUCCGCUUGCAAGCCUGCCUUACGGAACUAAAAGGGUCAAAGACAGGGGAUCAUGAUUGGCCCUUAGUGGUGCUGGAUCUUCUGAAGGCCAUGGCGAAAGAAAAAAGAUGUUUCGUGAGCACUGCUACAUCCCUGGCACAAGAGCGGAUUGAGCGGGCUCUAGAGACGCUGAAGCAGCUCGACAAGGCUCAGUCAAAGGAGAAGGAUGAUACAAAAAAGGCACACAUGCAGGCAUUUAAGACGAUGGUCGCUGCAGUGAUCAUAAUUACCUAUGAAGAUACCGAUGAUGCUCCCGAUCUGGUGGAAGGGCUAGUGGAUGCGUCUAGGUUGUUGUUUUUUGAGAAGAGAAAGACCGAGAUUGGCGGCAUGGAAAUGUUUGUGGACGUGCUGAUCGGUCUUUUGGAGAUCUCAUCGGCCUUCUUACGGGCGAUGGUGAGCCAAGCAUUUGCAGCAUUCAUCGGAUCAAUGACCAAAGAGAGCAUUGACCAUCUAAUUGACCAACUCGGUAUGAAUGAAGAAAUCGAAGAGGUGGCAGACGAAGAAGGUCCAGAGGACCAAGAAAUUUCUGAGCAGGGACUAGACAGAGAUGCAAAUGACAGCGAAGAAGAAUUGGACGAGGACGAGGACGAGGACGAGGACGAAGAAGAGGACGAGGUGGACGAGGAUGAUGUGGAUCCAGUGCUACGUUCUCGUGUUGAGGAAGCAUUCCGUGCAACGGGAGCUGCCGCUGACGAUGAUGAGGAUGAUGACGAUAACUUUGACGACGAGCAAAUGGCCCAAUUAGAUGAUAAGCUCGCUGAGAUUUUCCGGCAACAUACCAGUUCGAAACGCAAGAGGGCUGAGAUCAUACAGCGAGAUACGGCACUCUUCCAUAACAAGAUUCUGGAUCUGAUUGAGAUGUAUGCCAAGGAGCAAAGCGGUAAUGCGCUCAGAAUGCGACUUGUAGCGCCUCUAUUUGCGCUUUCUCGUGGUUCUGGCGAUGUGUCGCAGCAAGUGGCACAUCGCGCAAGUCAGAUACUUCGUGCACGAUUGUGCAAAGCCAAAGAACUGCCUCGUGGUAAUUUGGACGUGGCUGGAAUGGUGGACGAGUUAAAAGCGACACAUGAAUAUGCGCGAAGCACACAGGAUGUACAGAUGGCCGAACUCAGUGGAGCUGUGAGUCAGCUUUAUACCAAGGUGCUUAUCCGCCAUGGGCAUCUCUCCGAGCCUGUCAGUGUUUAUGAAACGACGCUUCACGACUUUUUGGAACGCAAGUCGUCACCUGUCCGUCCAUCCUUCUUAAUUGAUGCUAUUCGACGCCUACCCGAGCUGGGUUGGGGCCUGCGCGAAUCCCUUUUAGACGGGUGUCGUGUGUCGAAAUCGGCUCAUGCGUUUCGGCAGAUACAAGCGUUCACAAUGCUUCAGGCCGUAUUGCAACAACAGCAGCAUGAAGAGACGCGACAAGCGACACCAAAGGCGUGCCUUGCUUUUAUCAAGUCCAUUUGUGCCGUGGUUGUGGAGACCGUUCAUGUUGCUGCCUCUGACGAUGUGAGUGCGUCUUCGCUGAAUGCGCAACGCCUCAAAGAGGUACUGCGCUUUGCUCUUCAGGCUGUGCGCAUCACUGUGCGAGUUGCUGGCAAUGAAGCAAAAGCGGUUUAUAUGGCCUGGCCUUUGGAUGACUUGGAAGGUAUGGCUACAGCACUACAGAGCUCUACUCGAUUUAAGAGUUCAACGUCUCUGCACGGUCUUAUCAAGGAGAUGCUUGCUGUGCUGCGGCGUGUGGGAGAGCUGAAAGAGAAGACAAAGAAGCGUACUGCUCAAGAGGACAAGCCUCGAGCGUCGGACUCUACCUCAAAAACUUCGGCUACCAAGCGUGCAAAGCGUGCGCCAUAG